UCACAAUAAAAAAAAAAAAAACAACAACCCAGAAUUUGGAUAAACAAAAGAAAAAUAAUACUACUAUGUCUAUGGCAACCUCGAUCACAUGUCUGAAAAUCCCAAACCCUUGUUCCCCUCCAUGUUCCUCAUCACCUUCAUCUUCAACCAGUUGCAGAUUGUCUGCAACAACCAAACCUUAUGGUGUGACGAUAAGGAGCUCUCAAACCGACGGUCCUUUGAGAAGGCCCGUGGCACCUUCUCCACCACCUCCUUUGAAACCAGUCCCGCCGUCUUCUCCUUCUCCUCCGCCGCAAUUGACUCCUCCUCCUCCUCCUUCGUCUACUCCUCCGCCUUCAGUGGCAGCUGUUGGGGACCAGAAUGUGAUCACUCUGGAGUUUCAGAGACAGAAGGCAAAGGAGCUGCAAGAAUACUUUAAGAAGAAGAAGCUCGAGGAAUCUAGUCAAGGGCCUUUCUUUGGGUUCCUUGGCAAGAAUGAGAUUGCUAAUGGAAGAUGGGCGAUGUUUGGAUUUGCUGUAGGGAUGUUGACAGAGUAUGCAACGGGCUCGGAUUUCGUGGAUCAAGUAAAGAUCAUGCUCUCCAAUUUCGGGAUAAUAGAUUUGGAAUGACUCCUUUGAUCUUAUAUUCUCUUGUAUACCACAAUGCUUCUUGUAUUCAUACGUUAUGAUUUCUGUAAGUUUG